AUGAAUUUGAAAAUUGCCUACAUUUUCUUAGCCUUAUCCGCAGCAAUAAGUUUUAUUCUAAUUUGUUUGUUGCUGGGUAAAGAAUGGAGACCAGCCACCUGUGGUACCAGGCCCCAGCAUAUCCAGGAGACAGGACACAGAGUCCACAAUGACCACAACCUGGUGUUUGCUGAUCUUACCCCAGGAGAAAUGGUGCGAGUGGUGAAGUAUCUGCGGGAAAACCUUGGAGUGCCACUGGUAGAUGCCUCUCGUGCAAAUCCCUCCGACAACUGCAUUUACUACAUCAGCAUGCAGCUCCCCACCAAGGCAGAGGUACUGCGGUUCUUGGAUCGAGGGGGAGUUCGCCCCCCACGGCAGGCACUAGCUGUUAUUUUCUUUGGAAAUCAGCCAAUGCCAAAUGUUACAGAAUAUCUGGUGGGCCCUCUGCCAAAGCCAACAUAUCACAGGGACAUCACAGUGCUGAAGUAUGGAAGGAAGCUACCAUAUUAUGGCAGACUGAUUCUACAAAAUGAGUAUGACCAGAUCGAUGCUUUUUUACGGAGCAGGGAAUUCCCCAAAGCACCAAACUUCAUGAGUCAGGUAUUUGAUUACAAUGGGACUAACCUGGCAUCUCUCAAUGUGGCCCCUCGAGGAUUUCAGUCUGGAGAUCGCAAAACCUGGAUUCUUCACUUUCAGGCUGUGACUGGCUUUUAUGUGCAUCCUAUGGGGCUGGAGGUACUGGUUGAUCACAGCAGCCUGAAUAUCUCCCAGUGGAAGGUAUUGAAAGUAUUCUAUAAUGGCCAAUACUUCGAGGGGAUGGUGCAGCUGGAGAGUGAGUUCAAGCAGGGCCAUGUGAAGGUGGACAAAGUGAAAAAAACCCCCACCGAUGGGGGAUACUCCUCCCUGAAGCCUAGAGUGCCCCACCAGAAUCCGGGGCCCUUGCAGUAUGAGCCUCGUGGGCCUCGCUAUAGCAUCAGAAGCAACCAAGUUGUCUUCCAGGCCUGGAGCUUUGCCUUUGGAAUGGAUGUGCAUACAGGGCCACGACUCUUUGACAUUAGGUUUAAGGGUGAGAGGAUUGCCUAUGAACUCGGCCUCCAGGAAGCCUCUGCAAUUUACAGCUCCAAUAGUCCAGGGGCGAUGUCCGCCAGAUACCUGGAUGCAAGCUAUGGCAUUGGAAAAUUUGCAUUCUCGCUUGUCCCAGGGGUUGAUUGCCCCUACUUAGCAACGUAUUUGGAUAGCUACUACUUAAUUGAUUCCUUCAUGCCUGAGAAGCGUGAAAACUCCAUCUGCAUUUUUGAGGAGAAUUCUGAAAUCCCUGUUAGACGCCAUUAUAGCAAGAUGAACUAUGGGGGCCUGGCCAGCUCAGUUCUGGUGUUUAGGACAAUUUCAACUCUUGAAAACUAUGACUAUAUUUGGAACUUUAUAUUCCACCAGAGUGGAGCUGUUGAAGUCAAAGUCCAAGCCACUGGAUACAUAAGUUCCUCCUUUUUCUUUGGUGAUGGUACUGAAUUUGGAAGUAGGGUUCAGGAGCACACCCUCGGGACCAUGCAUAAUCAUGCCCUGCAUUUUAAGGUGGACCUAGAUAUUGGCGGGACAAAAAAUUCUCUGGUAACCCAUGACAUGGCAUUUGAGACUGUGCAGGUUCCUUGGAGCCCAGAGCACCAUAUAGAGCGCCCACGGCUCAUCAAGAAAGUCCUGGACAAGGAGGACAAGGCUGCAUUCCGUCUGGACUCAAAGAUGCCCAGAUACAUCUAUUUUGCUGCCAACAGUGAAAAUAAGUGGGGCCAGGAGCAAGGUUACAGGUUCCAGAUUAUUAGCUUUCCUGGGGACCAUCUGCCAGAAACAAGCACAAUGGAGAGAGCCAUCAGCUGGGGGAGGUACAAACUGGCCGUCACUAAACGGAAAGAAGAUGAACCAACCAGCAGUAGCAUCUACAACCAGAAUGACCCCUGGACACCCACUGUGGCCUUUGCUGACUUCAUAAAUAAUGAAACCAUCAUAAAUGAGGACCUGGUUGCAUGGAUAACAAUUGGUUUCCUUCACAUCCCACAUGCUGAGGAUGUGCCCAACACUGUGACAGUGGGGAAUACAGUUGGCUUUUUUCUGAGACCCUACAACUAUUAUGAUGAAGAUCCCUCCAUAUAUUCACCUGACGGUGUCUUUUUUACGAGUGAGCAGGACUUCGGUUCAUGCGAAGUCAAUCCCAUAGCAUGCUUGUCCAAAACUGCCUCCUGUUUACCAAAUUUUCCUCCGUUCACCUACAGCGGCUUCCAAAAUAUGACAAGACUCUAGAGCAGCAGUUCCCAAUCUAUAGUACGGGUACCUCCAGUGGUAUGCAGACAACCUAUCAGUGGUACGCGUUAACAGAACUAUUAUAAUUACUUAUAUAUGAAAAAAAAUUGGUGGUGGUAUUUAAGGUAGAACUGGAAAAUUUUCUAGUGGUACUUAAAGUUGUAUCGUUUUAAAUUGGUGGUGUGCAAUCUGCCAGAGUUUGGGAAUUGCUGCCCUAGAGUUACGGGUUGUAGGGCAUUGAUGGAGUAAAGAAAUGAAUCGGAGGUACCAGAGUGGUGGCUUUGCUCAACAGCUUUUUUCAUACUGCAGAACUGUCUUAGAAUCCAUGUAGUCAAUAACUUUACGUAGCUUUUUAUUGUAACUUUGCUGUUAUCAUUGCUUAAAAAUAUAUCCUUAAAGGAAAACAUAACUUCCUCAGUGUGCUGCCAGAUAGGAUUUUGUAUUACUCUUCCAUACAUUUGCAUGCUGAAAUCUAGUAUUGUAUUUUCUUGCAUAAAAUAUGCAUCUUUUCCACCCCAAGAUUUAGCUUUUGCAAAUUGGGGAAUUGAAGAAAUGCAGUAAUAGCAGUACUGUCAAAGUAAAAGUAAUGCUGCAGCACUGCACAUAGGGCUCCUUAGCUGCUGGCUGGGGACACUGCUGUAGAAACUGGUACUCAGUUACUUACCAGUAUUUUCAAGGAAAGAUCUUGUCUUCAUUCUACCUUUCAAAAGCAAGAUGCUUAUCUUAUCUGAGGUUGUGUUUUGUGUGUGUCCGAUAUGUUGAGGGGAGAGAGAAAGUGGGAGAUGGAGGGAGAAUUUCUUUUCUGUAGUGGUGUUACAAGCACAGUGUAUAACUAGCUCAGGUUAAAAUAAUUAAAUUUGAUCUUGGUUCAAA